AUGCCAUUAAGACAAUUGCCUGAAGCUUUUGGUUUAGAAGAGGCAAAGAAGGGUACGUUUCCCCAUUUAUUUAAUACUCCCGAAAAUCAAGAGUACAUUGGAAAAAUACCUGAUGCCAAAUAUUUUUCACCCGAUACAAUGUCUCGUGAGGCUCGGGACUCAUUUUACAAGUGGUACGAAGAAUGUGUCACAUCAGAAUACAAUUUUAAUUUCAAAGAAGAAUUAAGAUCAUAUUGUAUAAAUGAUGUGGACAUUCUUCGUAGAGCGUGUUUGGCUUUUAGAGCAUUAUUUCUUAAAGUUGCCAAUGUCGAUCCAUUUAUUGAGAGCAUAACAAUUGCAUCGGCUUGUUCAAAAGUUUUCAGAAAAAAUGAUCUAAAAGCUGAUCAAAUAGGUGUCAUACCAAACGGUUGUUAUAGAAGGGCUAAUAGAGAGUCGAAAAAAACCAUCGAAUGGUUAUUAGCCUUAGAACGCGAUUUGGACAUUGAAAUUACUCAUUCAGGCAGGGCACGAGAAUUUAGAUUGCCAGAGGGAUGUCUAGUCGAUGGCUAUUUUGAAAAUAAAGAAGUAAGUACGAAAGUAGUUUACCAAUUCCAUGUUUGCUACUGGCAUGGGUGUCCGCAAUGUUUUAAAAUGAAUCGGGAUAAAAAGUUAGGUUUCGAUAAAAGUUCUGAAUCUCUAAAUGAUCGUUUUGAACGAACAAACGCUUAA